CCAAAAUCUUAGCGAAAAAACACUACGCUCAAAAUAAUGGCUGAAGCAAUAGUGAGCUUCACCCUCACAAAACCAUGCAUCAACAGUUAUCUUCAUGCUGCCAAAUCGGACAGCUGUCCUUCUUCAAGAUUGCUUAGGAGAUGUUCAAGCACUAGGCUUUUCACUAAUGGGUGGCAGCAGACUGAAGGCAGCAACAGCAGAAGAAGGGCAGCUUCAGUUAAAGUGAAUGCUUUCCCAGAUUGGCCUCUAAUGGCAGUUUUAGUUCAUAAUGUUCAACAACUUGAUGCACAAAGAGAAAUUAUCACCAACAAAUCUAUCUGGCAUCUGAGUGAGGAAGCCAUUAAAAACGUUUAUACUUUCUACAUCAUGUUCACUUGCUGGGGAUGUUUGUUUUUUGGUUCCACCAAAGAUCCGUACUAUGAUUCCGAAGUAUACAGGAAAGAUGGUGGAGAUGGUACUGGACAUUGGGUUUAUGAGAAGCAAGAGGACAUUGAAGAAUCUGCAAGGGCAGAGUUGUGGCGUGAGGAGCUGAUUGAGGAGAUUGAGCAGAAGGUCGGAGGGCUGAGAGAAUUGGAAGAAGCUGGCCGCAAGUAGAAGCUUAUUGAGUUAAUUUUAAUGUUUAUACAUCUCCCCUUUUUCUCCAUUAUAAAGACCAUGCAAACAUUAGUGUAUAGUGUAUUUAAUCAACUUUGAUAUGUCAUUGACAGAAAGAAGCUGAUCAGGAAAUUAAUUUACAGCAAACCUUGUUACAUGCUUGAAAUGAAUGAUUGUGGACUCGCAUUUA